AUGGCUCCAGCUAUCCAGGGACGGAAGAUCGCGAUUACUGGCGCUAGCGGCCAGCUUGGGAAGCCAACUAUCGACGCUCUCAUCGCACUGGGCGUCCAUACCAUCACCGCUAUUCAGCGACCCGAGGCUGACAGCACGUUUCCUGCUGGGGUUAUUGUUAAAAGGGGCAACCUUGAGGAUGAAGUUUUCCUCGCCGACGUGCUUAAAGGCCAAGAUGCCCUAGUCCUAUUGCCGCCCCUGGCUCAACUCGUUAAGCUUCAAGAGCCCGCGAUCCGCGCGGCCUCCAGGGUUGGCGUACCCUACGUCUUUCCCUCUGAAUUCGGACCCGACCCCUUUGCCAGCCGGCUUAUAGAGGAGAAUAAGCUGCUUAUAGCGAAGAAAAGCAUUCGUGAUUUGAUUGAAAAUCUCGGUGUUAGCAGUUGGAUAUCUAUCGCAAUUGGCCCCUGGCUCGAUGCAGGCCUUACUGCGGGCUUAUGGGGUAUCGACCCCAAGGCUCGCAAGGCAACCAUCUGGCGAGGCGCCGAUGCCAAGGCCAAUACGGCGACUGUCGCACAUACUGGUGAAGCAGUUGCUGCGGUGCUAAGCCUACCUGAGGAUGAUCUGGCCAAGUACAAAAACAAAGCUGUGUACACGUCGUCGUUCUACCUAACGCAGCGGGAGAUCCUAGACGCUGUUCAGCGCGCAACAGGGACGACGGAUGCGGACUGGGACAUUACGUCGCGAGACGUGAAUGAAGUGGCUAAGGAGUAUGAGGAAAAGAUUAGUCAGGGCGACGGUAUGGCACCUUUCACCAAGUUCUUUGUUACACACUUCUUGGAGGGCCACGGCGGCGACUUCAACCACAAGGUUAAUGCAGCGGAGUUGGAGAAACUUGAGCAGCUAGGACUUCACAAGGAGGACCUCGAGCAGGUCAUCAAAGUGGCGCUGCAGUAA